AUGAGCAGCAUAAAUCGAGAAAACAUUGCUAAUCGUAGUAGUUCCGAAAGAAAUGAAACUCGAACUCCUAAUACUUAUGGAAAUUCAUCUACAAAACCGCAACAAUUCGAUGAUUCAACUGUAAUUCGUCGAACAUUAGUCGAACGUGGUGUAAGACAAGUAGGUGAUAGUAAUACAGUAAAGGGUCCUUCGUCAACUGCUGCUGCUAUAACAGCUAUAGCUAGACAACAUGAUGAUGAACAACGUGAAUUACAAGAUUUAAAUGCUAAAUUUGCUAUUUAUUUGGAUCGUGUUCAAUAUUUAGAAGAUUAUAAUCAAAGAUUAUCUGCUGAUUUACAAAAUUUAAAACAAGAAUGGGGUGGAGAUAUGAGUCAAUUACAAGCUGCUUAUGGUCCACAAUUACAAGCACUUCGUCUUGCACUUGAUCAUGCUAUACGUGAUCAAGCAUUUCAAGAACUUCAAUUAAAACGACAUGAUUAUGAUAUAUGGAAUAUUCAAGAACAAAUAACAUCAAUUGAUGGUGGUUAUGAUACAUACAAAUUAAAUAUACUUAAACAAGAAUUAGAAGCAUCAAAUAUUGGAUUUGAUCAAUUAAAAAGUUUAUAUGAUAAAACAUUUAUUGAUUUAGAAAAUCUUAAAAAUCUUAUGAAUAAUUUACUUAAAGAAAUAGAUGGUUUAAAAACUGAAUUAGAUAAUGAACAAUUAGAACGUAUUAUGAUGGAAAAUGAAUUACAAACAUUGAAAGAACAUCUUGCAUUUCAAUGUUGUGUUUAUCAAAUACAACGAGAUGAUUUACUUUCACUUGCUACACCUAUUCUUGAUGUAUCAGCAUUUUAUCGUCUAGAAUUAGCUCAUGCUAUAUCUGAUAUACGACGAGAUUUUGAAGUACUUUUUCAAACACAAACAAAUGAAUUAGAAACAUAUUAUCGUAUCAAAACUGAACAAGUACGUCAAGAAAUUGAAGAAGAAAAUGAACGUAAACGUUUAUUAGCAAGUGAAGGUACUGUUGAAUUAAUGGAUACAGCACAUUUAACAUCAUCAUUACGUGAUGGUCAAAAUGAAUUAUUAUCAUUAAAAAAAUUAAAUAAAGAUUUACAAACAGACUUUGAUGCUAUUAUUGAUGAUUUAGAAAAAAUUCAAAAUGAACGAUUACGUGAAAAAGAAUCAUAUGAUAGAGAACUUAUAGUAAUUCGAGAACAAAUUGCUGAUAGACAAGAUCUUAUUGAUGCUAUUUUACAAAAUAAUAUAUCACUUCGUUUUGAAUUAUCAACAUAUAGAGGUCUAUUAGAUGCUGAAGAACAACAUUUAAAUAGAAUAUCACAAGAACCACAAACAAAUAGUUUAUCAUCAGGCUUAUCAUCAUUAUCUCCGAUUUCAAAAAUUUCUGAUGAAAAUCGUAAUAAUUUAGAAACAAAAAAAAUGACCGUACAAAAAACAGCACGAGGUCCAAUAUCAUUUGAUUCAGUUGAUUUAGAAAAUGAUUCAGUUAUAUUAGUUAAUGAAAGAUAUAGUGGUAGUGAACAAUCAUUUCGAAAUUGGUCAAUUCGUCGUCAAAUUGAUCAACAACCUGAAAUAAUUUAUCAAUUUCCAACAACAUUUUCUUUACGACCAAGACAAACAAUUCGUAUUUUUACAAAACGUAGUUCACAAUCAACUAAUUCACUUGGCGAUAAUUUAGUUGCUGAUAAAAUUGAUACUUGGGGUAUAGGUCAACAUAUGAUAACACGUUUAAUUGAUAAUAAUAAUGAAGAAAAAGCAAUUAUAACACAAAUAUUUCAAUAA